UGGAGAUAUCAUUCAAGCGAAGAGCAUAAGAAAAAAACGACGAAUUCGUAAGCAGUACCCGCAAUGGCUAGCGGUGGUGAUAACGGAAAUGGUCGAGGCAAUGGCGGAAGAGGGAAUUGGAGUAUCGGGAAUAACGGAGGUGGGGGUAAUAACGGAGGCGGCAACUGGAGCAGCACCAGCGGAGAAGGCGGUGGAGGUAGGAACAACGGUGGCAAUGGGGGUGCUCCCAUGGAGGCAACUGGGGCGGUGGCAGUGGAGGCGGUGGCUAUGGAGGCAACGGUAACGGUGGAGGCGGUGGAUGGAAUGGCGGAAACGGCAAUGGGGGUAACUGGGGGAAUGGUAACGGUGGCAAUAACAGCGGGAAUUGGAAUGGAGGAAACGGGGGUAACUGGAACGGAAACGGGCGGAAUGGUAACGGAGGAGGUUGGAACAACAACGGAGGUGGGAGCAACGGAAACGGAGGGAAUGGUGGCGAUUGGAGAAGAUCAGCAAGGUGCUACAACUGCAAUCAGCUCGGCCAUAUCUCCAGAGAGUGUAAUGCGCCGCGACAAGGGAACAAUUGAAACAACAACGGACAUAUUAAUGGGAAUGGUGGCAGCGGAUGUAACGGUGGCGCUUCGCAAGUUCCUUAGCAAGAAGACAAAGCCGACCAUAGAGGCGAUGUGUAGAGAAGCAGGGGUUGCGUACAGAGGACGACCUGACGCAGUCGAUGAGCUAAUUGAUCUGAGGGUAAUGUACUUCAGCAUCGAAGCAACUCAACAGUCAGCAGUUACGCCAAGACCACGUGGUGGUGGCAUCAUCAUUAGGGAAGUUCAAGAAGCGUGCCACGACGCACGCGGAGCACCAGCUCAAGACGCACGCGGAGCACCAACGCAAGACCCUGUGAACGAACCAGGGUGUAGUGACCAGCGUAUGGAGUGAGCUCAGUAAUCAUUUAGAUAU